CCACUGCUGUUGCACUUACUGACCUAUCUAUUGCGGAUGUAUUUGCCUGCAUAUUGGCUUUCAUACCCACUGGAUGGGGAAUUCUCUGUAAGAUUUAAUAUAGAUUCCUCUUCCAAGUCAAUAUUUUGGAGCAACUGGUACAUGGGUUUGCGGAGAUCUCCAUUCUCCAUUCAAGGCGGUGGCAGUUCUGUCUCCGGCAAUGAAAGAGGAGGAGGAGGCAGCGGCUCUGUCUUCACCGGCGGCAAAGAAAAGAGGCGUGCAGGUUUCUGUCUCCGUCGGUGGUGAGAUAGGCAGUGGCAAGACUAUGUUGGUGUUAAGAUUAUUACAUGAACUCUCUUCUUUAUUCUAUUUGUUUGUUUAAUGAUGAUUUACCUUUGAACACAAGGAAAUAUGUUUCCAGAAUUCCAACAUAUCCUCGUCUAUUUACCAAGUUUGCUAUGUUGUCACUACAUCCUCUAUUUUUCUUGUGAGACAUUUGGUAGAUUUUGUUUCAGGAGUUAGAUAUGUUUUUCUUCCUAGGUUUUCGGCAUGGUGGUUGAAGCGCAUCCAAAAAAACUUGAUUCUUUGCCAACAUCUUUUAUUUGGUUAGUGUAAUACUCAAAAGGAGUAUGGAGAUACUACAAUAUGGAAUUUAAGUACAGGCUCUCCUUAUCUUCAGAAGAUAAAUAACAAAUGCCAAAUGUGAAAGGUCAAUGGAAGGGAUUUGACAGCAAUGAAUAUGGAUCUUCUGGCUGUGAUAAUUCUGGUGAAAAGGUUGAAGCCAAUAGUUUAAAGCGUAGAAAGAUCACAAAAAAACAUCUUUGUGAGAUUAAUGAUCUCAAGCUUGGACAAAACUCCAGAUCCGUAUAAAGUUGGCAAAGGAACUACUAAUAUCCUGCCUGAGUUCUUGAAUUUGUACGAUGAUACCAGAAGCUAUAUGAUUUUUCUGAAAAAAGAGGUCAUGUCAAUUAAUAUCAAGGAAAACUGAAAGAUCUCAAAGUUGGGCAUAUUCCAUAUUCCAAGUUUCUUAACUCUAUUGAGAGCAUCAUCAGCUUUGACCGCCUUUAUUACCUGCGAAAAGGUAUUCUCAUUAGUAUUUAAAAUACUCCGUAGAACUCUUUCAUCACAUACAUUAGCAUAUAUUUACACGACUUCUAAAUAAAUAUAUUAGCUUCGG